CAUCUUGCACCUCGCUCGUUUGAGAAGCCGGCCGCCCUAAAAAAUCUAGAGUUUCACGCGUUCGCGCGGCCUUAGCAACUUCGUGAGUGAUUUUUGUACACUCGCAACGAAUCCAGGAAUCCGUCGUGUUGAAUUCAAUCAAUAUUCAGGCUCGGAAUGGUUUAGGUUCAUUACUGUUCUCACAUGCACGUAGCUGGAUAAGCAAGAAAGUUAAAGUCGCUAAUAGCUCUAAGUUUGGAAUAGACAGUCGAGAUAGUAUACCAUUCAACAAGACGCUUAUCGAUAAUAAUACUUCUCUAAGAAUGGCUUUACCAAGUAGAGCACGUGUCUACGCUGAUGUAAAUUCACAUAAACCAAGAGAAUACUGGGACUAUGAAUCUUAUGUUGUCGAUUGGGGGCAACAAGAUGAUUAUCAGUUAGUAAGAAAAUUAGGCAGGGGUAAAUAUAGUGAAGUAUUCGAGGCCAUAAAUGUUACAAACAAUGAAAAUUGUGUUGUAAAAAUAUUGAAGCCUGUUAAAAAGAAGAAAAUAAAAAGGGAAAUAAAAAUUUUAGAAAAUCUUAAAGGUGGGACCAACAUAAUUACACUCCAAGCAGUUGUUAAAGAUCCAGUUUCAAGGACACCGGCAUUGAUUUUCGAACAUGUCAACAACACAGAUUUCAAGCAAUUAUAUCAGACGUUAACUGACUACGACAUAAGAUACUACCUCUAUGAAUUAUUAAAAGCGCUAGAUUAUUGUCACAGUAUGGGAAUUAUGCACAGAGAUGUGAAACCGCACAAUGUUAUGAUAGACCAUGAAAAUCGAAAAUUACGAUUGAUUGACUGGGGACUAGCAGAGUUUUAUCAUCCUGGUCAAGAAUAUAAUGUACGAGUAGCUUCCCGCUAUUUUAAAGGCCCGGAAUUACUUGUAGAUUAUCAAAUGUACGAUUAUUCAUUAGAUAUGUGGUCAUUGGGUUGCAUGCUAGCGAGCAUGAUAUUCAGGAAAGAACCGUUUUUUCAUGGACAUGAUAAUUAUGAUCAACUAGUUCGAAUUGCAAAAGUUCUUGGAACUGAAGAGCUAUUCGAAUAUCUUGACAAGUAUCAUAUUGAAUUAGAUCCUCGUUUUAACGACAUACUAGGCCGACAUUCGCGUAAACGUUGGGAACGUUUUGUACAUUCGGAGAAUCAACAUUUAGUGUCCCCAGAUAGUUUGGAUUUUCUUGACAAACUCUUACGCUAUGAUCAUUAUGAAAGAUUAACUGCACGUGAAGCAAUGGAACAUCCUUAUUUUUAUCCUAUAGUAAAAGAACAGGGUCGUUUGAUGGUGUCAUCGUCACCUACUCCCAUGGCAGGCUCAGUGCCUGUAGGUGAGUAGCGACCCAGAUCAUCGUGGCGUAACAAUGAGCAGCGUACCGAUUCAUGGGACAAACGGAUUGGAAAGCAUGGAAGAAAUUGGAAGUGGGUGUUUGACCCUCUCAGAAG